AUGCUCGCGGACUAUUUCAUCAAGGUUUAUGCCGGGGCCAGAAAAGUACAGGCUCGAAAAGCCGAUAUAUUCAGGAUUGCGCAAUGGGAGUCCGAGUUACUACGAGAAUUUGUUACCCGAUUCCAGAAGGAAAGAAUUUUGCUCCCGGCUAUCCCGGAUGAAUGGGCAACUGAAGCAUUCACCAAGGGAUUGAAUCUGAGAAGUUCAGACGCUUCUCGAAAACUGAAGGAAAGCCUACUUGAGUUUCAAGUAACGACUUGGACGGAUGUCCACAACCGGUAUGAGUCAAAAAUAAGGAUCGAGGAUGAUCAGGUUGGUUUUCCAUCAUCGACCAAAGGACGGGAGAAGAACAGAGAAAAAUCAAAAUUUGAUUAUGACACGGACAGACGAAAUGCGAGGGGCCAAUUUUUUCCCUACGAGUGGACUAAAAGACGUGGCAGAAGCUUCCGUACAACGAUUAGUUUUCCGCUGACAAGAGGACUGAUCGUGGUCGGAACGAUAGAACACUGCAGGAUAAAGAUACUUCAGGGUCACUGGAUCCUUCUUACCCCAAGUUAUCAAAAUACAACUUCAACAGAUAACGCGAAACCCUCCAACGUAGGAAAAGAACCCCCACGCCAAACGAUAAAUAUGAUCUUCGGAGGGAAUGAGAUUAACGGGGUCACCUUUUUGGCACCAAAGAAGGCGAAAGUAUCAAUAACUCAUAGUAAAAGGCUCUGGGAAGACGAUAUCACUUUUACAAAGGAGGACGCAGACGUAUUGCUGCUACCACACAACGACGCACUGGUAAUUUAUUUAAAUAUGCUAGGUUUUAAGAUUAAACGGGUUCUAGUGGAUCCAGGAAGUUCGGCUAAUAUCAUACAAUGGAGAGUAUUCGAGGAAGCUAAACUCACCAGAAGCAUCAUUCCGGCCAUGAAGCUCCUCGCCAGAUUCAGCCUCGCAAGUGUGACUGUUGAUACCUAA